AAGGCAUAGUAUUUGUCAGCACUGAUUCCACUCUCUACAUGUAAGGUUUUUUUUUGUUUUUGUUUACCUUCUACAAGCCAUGAGACCAGAACUGAUCUAUUAUUGUCAUUGCAAAGAUUUUGGCGCUUUUCCUCAAACUUACUCGCAGGCUGUUGCUGACAAACUGGUCAGAAAUGGACAUUUUUGAAAUAAUCUCUGACGGGUUUGUUCAGUCCCGAGAUGUUAUAUGGAGCAAGGGCCUAAACCUCCAUGUUUGCAAACACAAUAAAUUACGAGCUCAGUAAGUUUCUAAGAAAGACAUCAGCUCCGAUGGAGUGUGGGAGUCUUUCCUGCCCUACCCUCCCUCUGACGGGUGCCUUGACGGACGCCAGUUGUUCAUUAACACUGAGGACAGGUAGACCAGCCCAUACCAAGGUGGAGGAUUAUUGAUCUCCGGCUUCCACUGGAGGAACAACUUGGUGUCAGGACUGCUUUUCACGUCUUCAAUCCACAUUUUCUUUACCAUUUACUAAAAGGGGUGAGGGUUACUACCUUACACAAAAGUUGGUUUCCUUCUCCUGUGUGGAUGCUGGACAGUGAACCAAGCGAUAGUGCGAGUUCUGCUUCGUCACCGAAGAGCCCUGUUCACCUCUGGUUUUUGGACUUAUGUUGUCAAUGGAGAAGAUCAGUUCGGGUGGAUAAACCUCAAGACCAGCGUUCAGCCUGCCUUUUGUCUGCACAGACUUAUCCAUACUUUUGACAUGUAGAAACUGUGGAGAAGACACGCAACUCUGAGAGGACAAGGAAAAUUCUCAAGGAUCAAGAUGCGCAGCUUACACAGUUUACUUUACCUGGGAGGGCUGAUAAUGGCGGUGGUCACAAACCAGAUGCUAGAUGACUGUUUGUCGUCGAACCGUAAAUACGCCAUAAAUGCUGUACUGCUUGAGGACAACACUUACGAGUGGAGUCGACCACUUGUGCAGAAGGCUGUGGAGCAAGCUAUCGAAGAGGACACGCUGGAGAACGAAAAAAACGACUUAAACUUCAAUUUGACGGCAAACUUCAGUGGCUUCAACACCACCGUGUACAACCGGCAGGGCUGCGGGAGCAGUACCUGCGAGGGAGUGGCGAUACUCAAGAAGCUGUAUGAUAAUGGCGAAAUCGGAUGCGUCAUGCUGGGGCCUUCCUGCACUUAUGCCACAUUCCAGUUGGUGGAUGAUGAAAUUGGCCUGAGCCUGAGCAUUCCCAUCAUCUCAGCCGGGAGCUUCGGUCUCUCGUGCGACUAUAAGCCCAAACUGACCCGAAUCCUGCCUCCGGCACGCAAGAUCUCAGACUUAUUCGUCAACUUCAUGAAGGAAACCUUGCCAUUUAAGGGUGUUUGGAGGAAUGUCUAUGUCUACAAGAAGUCCAUCAAUGUGUCCGAGGACUGCUUCUGGUACAUCAAUGCAUUGGAAGCACCCUCUGCGAACUUUGCCAGAGAGACAAACAGAGAGAUGCUGCGUGGCGAGGACGAGCUGAAGGAUGCCCUGACUGCACACAAAAGACACAGCAACAUUUUCAUCUUAUGUGGGAGCCGUGACGAGAUUGUUUCAAUAAAGGGGAUGGUGGGCCAGAUACACAAGGACAUCAUGUUCAUUCUCCUCGAUGUUUACACCCCGGAUUAUUACGUCAACACAACAUCCAGUAAAGUGAUGCAGGACGUCCUGGUGAUCACUCUGCCACAGAGGAACUUCAGCACUGGAUCGAACUCGUCGUACAACAACACGAUAAAUGACUAUGUGGCAGGGUAUCAUGACGGCACUCUGCUGUUUGGCAAAGUGCUCAGAGAGAGAAUGCUCAGCCACCAGCGCCACAGGGCAUCUAACGAUGUGCCUCUGAGUGACAACCCAUUUGGAAACACCUCCUUCAAUGGUAUGGGAGGACACUAUGUGCUUGAUGAAUAUGGUGACAGAGACGCUAACUUCUCUAUGCUUUACACCUCGCCUGUGACUGGCAAGUAUGAAAUCCUGUUGGUGUUUGAUACUUCGCGGAAUAAAUCCACGGUGAUGCAGUUGAACCCCGUCCUGCCGUGGGAAGAGGGUCGACUGCCCAAAGACGUGCCCGAAAAUCCACACAGUUUAAAUAUGCAGGACGUGAUUGUGAUCGUUCUGAGCUUCAGUGUCAUUGUGGUGACGGCCAUCGCUCUCAUCUUCUACAGGCAGAACAGGAAAGAGCGUCUCAUGCAGAAGAGGUGGUCGCACAUUGACUCGCACCUGAUUGGUCCACUGGAUGAGAAGGAAGUCUCACUGAAGAUUGAUGAAGUUAAGAGGAAGGACAGCGCGUUCUUCUCUCACCGAGGACGCUAUGACAAGAAGCCGGUAAUCUUGAAAGAGCUGAAACACUCAGACGGCGACUUCAACGAGGACCAGAGGAUUGAGCUCAACACGCUGCUGCGCAUCGAUUAUUACAACCUGACCAAGUUCUACGGCACAGUGAAGUUUGAGUACGGUGUGUUCGGCGUGUUUGAGCUGUGUCAGCGGGGAUCCCUCCGGUACAUCCUGAACGACAGGAUCUCCUACCCAGAUGAAAGUUUCAUGGAUAUGGAAUUUAAGAUAUCAGUCAUGUACGACAUAGCCAAGGGCAUGUCAUAUCUCCACUCCAGUAAUAUUGAAAUGCACGGACGCCUCAAGUCCACCAACUGCGUGGUUGACAACCGCAUGGUGGUCAAGAUCACUGACUUUGGCUGCCACACCAUCCUCAGUCCAGGCCGAGAUUUGUGGACAGCCCCGGAGCAUCUCCGUAAAGGUGGGGUGUCUCAAAAAGGGGACGUCUACAGCUAUGCCAUCAUUGCCCAUGAGAUCAUUGUGAGGCGUUGCCCGUUCUAUACACAGCUCUGCUCUGACAUCACAGAGAAGAUCCACAGAGUCCAGUAUCCCACCGACAUGAGCGUGUUCAGACCGGAACUCAACUAUGAGAGUGCAUCAGAGAGGGAGAUCGAGUUGUACAUGCUAAUAAAGAACUGCUGGGACGAAGACCCAGAGCGGAGGCCAGAUUUUAAAAAAAUAGAGGUGACUCUGGGUAAGAUCUUCAGUAACCUACACAACCAAGCCACUGAGACGUACAUGGACAAUCUGAUCCGGCGCCUGCAGAACUACUCGAGGACCCUGGAGCGUCUGGUGGAGGAGAGGACGUCUUUGUACAAGGCUGAGAGGGACCGAGCUGAUCGGCUCAACUUCAUGCUGCUGCCCGGCCCAGUGGUGCGUUCCCUGAAGGAGACCGGCAGAGUGGAGCCGGAGCUGUUUGAGGAGGUGACUAUUUAUUUCAGCGACAUCGUGGGUUUCACCACCCUCUGCCACUACAGCACGCCCAUGGAGGUGGUCGACAUGCUCAACGACAUCUACAAGAACUUUGACAGCAUCCUCGACCAUCACGAUGUCUAUAAGGUUGAGACAAUAGGAGAUGCGUACAUGGUUGCCUCAGGUUUGCCCAAACGCAACGGCAACAGGCAUGCAGUGGACAUCGCCCACAUGGCCCUGGACAUCCUGGCUUUUGUGGGGACUUUUGAGUUGCAGCACCUGCCUGGCAUCCCCCUGUGGAUCCGCAUUGGUGUACAUUCAGGACCAUGUGCCGCAGGAGUGGUGGGGAACAAGAUGCCUCGCUACUGCCUCUUCGGAGAUACAGUCAACACCACCUCGCGCAUGGAGUCCACAGGCCUGCCUCUGAGAAUUCACGUCAGCCAGUCCACCAUCAGCAUCCUGCAGAGGACAGACUGCAAGUUUGAAUAUGAAAAGAGAGGAGAGACGUACCUGAAGGGUAAAGGAAAAGAGAUGACAUACUGGUUAACAGGGGUGACUGGGGGAAAAUACAACCUGCCAACACCACCAACAGCGGAGAACUUCCAGCGGCUCCAGCAGGACCUGGCCGAGAUGAUCGUGUCCAGUCUGGAGAAGCGUGGCGGGAGGGAGGGCUUCGAGAAGAGGAAGACACUGUCCACCAAAAUCCGUCGGAGGGAGACGAGCGGCAGCCUGCAGAGCGACAGCCCUCCGGAGUACUUCCACCUGGCUGUCACCGACAACCCCAGCACCUACUUGUGAUCACAGGGGAACUCUUAGUACAAUGUUGGCCAGGAAGUGGACGUUGUCGGAGUGCGUCACAACCUGUACCCGUCUGAAUCAGCACUGUGGGGUCUCCUUGGCCAGCUCUGCUUGUCCAGAGCGAGCGGCUGCGGAACAAGCAGGCAUGUCAAAGGGGAGACUUGUGUUCAUGUAAUGAUAAAAGCGCCCGCCAAAGGGUUUAUUCCUCUUUAUUUCCCCUGACGUCAACGCUGCACACGUGUCCCCCCCCCCACACACACAUCCUUCACCCUCCCUGAGGACACACUAUCCUUCCAUCACCCCGAAUUAACUGCUUCUUGAUGUUGAUUUUGGCUCAGCAAAAGAACAUCUUAAGUUGUAUCUCAUUUCCUUUUUGUAUUGUGUGGCACCGACACAUUUCCACACAUACUUUGUAUCAUCACAUUUGAUCUUUUAUUCAUUAUAAGAAAGAAACAUGACCAAAACGGUAAGAAAUGGCAUAAAGAAUACUAAUAUGGGUUUUAUCUUUCUCACUUUAUUAAAGGUUUAUUAGUUGGUGUCUGCUAUGGUCUUAUUUUUUAUACUACCACAUGGGAGCAUUUUCCAAUUCCAAAGAAUGUUAGCAAUGAAUUUGACGAGGGUUAGGGUAAGUGCUUUGAGAGGGUUAUACUUUGUAUAUCAUGGUCAGUUCUCUCUCUCUCUCUCUCUCAAAAGAAAAGGAAUAGAGAUAUUGAGGAAAGAUAUCAUAUGUACUCUUGUUGACUUUGCCUUGAACAGUUUUCUAUUUAUGUUUAGAUGUUGCCUGCUGGAAGCUCACUGAUUGAGAAAGUUUGACAAAAUUAUUUACCAUGUAAAUAGCCUUUUUCUGCUGCAAAGACAGUGAAACUAUAUCCACACAAUACUUGUCAAUAAUAGUUCUCUUUUACACCACAACAAUUCUACCUUUUUUUUCAGAACAUCAGAAAUGUCUCUGUGAUGAUUUUUGUUUUGUGUUUUAUUAAAUGAUGUUUGAAAUAUG